AUGCGACGCGAUUUCACUUGGACAUUUACCGUGGCCAACGUGAAGGUACCCAUCCUCGGCGCGGAUUUCCUGGCGCAUUACGCACUGGCGGUCCAUAUGAACCCUAGGACUCUGUCCGAUACGACGACGAAUCUCCGUGUCUUAGGUACCCCUACACGUCAAGGCUCCACAGGAAUCAGCGUCGCAACAUGCCAUGGUCGCGAGUACUUAGAUCUCCUGACGCAGUUCACGGAUAUAACGCUGCCACUCCAAGUAACGGCUUCAGGUGACCAUCAGACUCAGCACCACAUCAGAACCCGAGGUCCUCCCGCACACUCCCAUCCGCGACGACUCGCUCCGCACAAACUGGCGUACGCCAAGGAGCAAUUCGACAAAAUGCUCAGUGAUGGCAUCAUUCGUCCUUCCGAUAGCCCUUAUGCCUCGCCACUACACUUAGUGCCUAAACCUGGUGGUGAAGAAUUUCGGAUAUGCGUUGACUACCGGAAAUUAAAUGCAUCGACCGUACCAGACCGAUAUCCUACGUUUUCAAAACCAACAUCUCCUUUCGUCGAGGAACUCCGCCACAAAAUGGCCCGGCUUAAAUAUGCAACUCCACGACAGCAACCGGUGAAUUCGUACAUCCCUCAACACUUGCGAGAUUGCAAAUUCGUUUUCGUACGGAACGACGCCGUGAGACGACCACUCACGCCGGCAUACCAAGGUCCUUUUCAGGUUCUUCGACGCACCGACAAGCACCUUACGAUCAAGCGCGCCAACUCGACCGACACCAUCGCAAUCGAUCGGACCAAGCCUGCUUUUCUGGAGAAGCGACAGUAUGACGCAAACCCGGCUCUGCGGCCCCUAAUGCUAUUCCAGCGCAACAGACCAUCAGACGCAGCACCGCAGACAUCAAACGACACCCCAGCGACUCCUGUGCGGCAGACCCGAUCCGGAGCUUUUUUUCGCCAACUAACAACUCGGAGGCCUGGAUCAAAUAUUCUUAGCUUUGUGAACUUCCGGUGCUUUUUGUCGCCCAAACCAAGCUGCUCCCGCCCUGGUCGAUCCGCCCUGGAAACACCUCUCUGA